AUGGCGCGCCUGCUGCUGCUGUGCUUCUGUUGCGUAUCAAUUUUUAUCAUCCAUGCAAAAGGUCAAAACACGAAGGCUCAAAAUGCAAAUCCACUCUUUCCGGAUUGCAACUGCGAGCGAGACGUCAGGGCAUCGCCGUACCGUGCCUAUUUCACCGGCAUGGUGCCGUACACUGGAGGCAGCAAGUUUUGCUUCACGUUCGAUAUCGUACCUUGCCAAAUCGACAACCCUUGCUGCUACAUGAACUUCUACAAACUGGAGUUUCCAUUUAUGCUGGGCUGCCGGGACUCCUUACAGUUCAUCGAGUACCAGGGAUCCAAUAAGUCGAUCACAUGGGGUCCGUCGUACGCGUUAGCGAACCCGCCGCGGAUCGAUCUGAAGAUCACGAAUAUGCGGUUAUCGCAGACCAACACUCGUGGCCAGAGCAUUUGCAUUGGAAUUGCAGAUAAAUGCGCGGAGUUGCAUUCUUGGUGUUGGCCGGCGUCUGGGAAUUGCAAGUUGGCAAUUUUCAACGCCGACCCGUUCGACUGCUGUCCUGUCCAGCCUUUCACUAGGAUCGAGCCGGCAUACCGGGCUUCGCCGCCGCCACCGCUGGUCAAGCAUGCCCCGCCGCCACCGCCGCCUCCGCCUCCGCCGCCACCCCCCCCGCCACCCCCGCCGCCUAAGAAGCGUGCACCGCGGCCGCCGCCAACCUGCAGCGUUUGCGUUCGUACAUAUUUGUCGUACGUGCCCCCUGGCGGCAAGUUUAACUUUUCGCAGACCGCUUGCCAAGACCUACAUUUCUUCUUGGUGGACGAGCUGAACGCGCAGGUGCAGUGCGGCGGUAGCGGGUUACGCGAGUCCUCGAAAGUCCAUUGUGUGUUGGCGGGAAAGGCGGUGGAGGCGGAUGCCCUUGACGCUAGAAUGCUGGUGCCUUUCACCCCAGAGCCUUGCACGGCAACCGAAAUUCGAGUCUGUGGAAGCUUCUUCUCAGCGGAAGACGGUCAACUAAUGCAGGAUUGGAUGGAUUCUGGCGCGUUGGCUGAGUUUAACAGCUUUUUACUGCCUCCAAACGACCCUUGCCCAUCGUCUCUGCAAGGUUAUUACCUCACCACGGAGGUGACCGAGAGCUCCUGCCUAACCGGCCCGCCGCCUCCCAAGCCGCCGCCACCCAGCCCACCGCCACCUAGCCCCCGACCACCCAGCCCACCGCCGCCGCGCCCGCCGCCACCCAGCCCUAGGCCUCCAAGCCCUCCACCUCCAUGUGAGGUCUGCAUCACCAUUACGAUCACUAUCACACCCCCGGGUAAACAAUUCACGUUUGACGAAGGCCUUUGCACUCGCAUGCAAACGCUUAUAGCCAAGGACGUUCGAGAGCAAGCCAUGUGGGUUGGUGCGCGUAUCCUGACGCCUUUUGCGCCGGAUCUGUACGAGUGUUAUCCAGGGGAGAUUCGCGUAUGUGGUGUAUUUUUCUCGGACGCGGACGGCCAGCUGCUGCAGCCCUGGAUAUCGUCCGGUGCGCCGUUCAUCAACUGGUACGACGCACUGUUUCCCGGAUCUUGCAGCAGCCAUCCAGAAAUUGCUGGGUACACCUUCACACUCAAGGCCGCCAACUACGACGGCGUCCCUGGCUGCCUCACGGGCAACUACGUCUCCCCAGCCUGCAGUAGCUUCCCGCCUCCUCCACCCCCCCCACCGCCGCCUCCACCUCCCCCACCGCCGCCUCCCCCCAAGCCCAAGUUGCCUCCACCUCCUCCGCCGCGCACCCGCCCGCCCCCGCGCCCGCCCGUCGCCACCUUCCCCCAAUGCGAGUGCGACAAACGUCCUGGGAGUUCAUCUCUUUUCUUCUCCCAAUCGAACGUCACAGAUCUCGAUACGGGCAUGCGCAUGUACUGCUUUGUCGUGGGCAUUACACCGUGCCUGCGCCAAUCACCUUGCUGCACUCAAGACCUUCACAAGAUCGAAUUUUCGGUUUUGCCUGCUUGCGUCGGCUCUGUUGCAUAUUCAGCCACGGAUGGCGAGCUGAGGCCUGCGCAGUUUCAGCUGAAGCCGUAUCCAGCCAUAAAAUUCAAUAAUUUUGCCAAGGCCUUCUCAGACGCCGACGGAACGGAGGUGUGCCUGCUGCUAAGGCCGCCUUGCGACACGUUGGAAGCUCUAUGCGGGGGCCCCACCUGUCUCUACUCGCUCUUCAACAACCGAGUUUCAAACCAGCCGAAAUGCUGCCCCGUACGGAAUGUUCUCGAUCCGUUGUUAGAGUGA